CUGAUGCUAACGCUAGAUAAUGCUAACACUAGCAAACAGUCUGGGUCAUGUGAAGCUGCUGUUCCUCAAGCCACAUUCGAGAAACAGAGUUUAAUUUUGAUCUUCUUUCUUCAGGGGAAGUUUGGAUUAUUCGAUUGCGAUAAAAAGAAAUAAAUAAAUAAGGAAAUGAGGGUGUUGGUAAAACUUUUCCAAAAUAUCUCAGAGGCUUUGGAGUCUUGGCCAAGAAAUACGGAUUUACUCAGUAACCAAAGAGGUUCUAGACUGAUUCUCUAAAGACUGUUGCUCCUGUGAGGAAAACAUGUCAAACUAGCCACUUUUUAAUUAUUAUGAAUUAAUAUUUUAUAGUGUUUGUAAUAUCAACUUCAGUGAUUAACAUUUUGAAAUAAUAUGUAAAAAAUUUAAUAGGCUAGAACAGUGAUUUGCACGCAAGUCUGAUACUUUCUCUACAACAUCAUCAAAGUUGGUCACAUAUCGAAAUCGCAUUGUACCGUAGCAGAGUCAGUGGCAUCGUCGUCCAUAAGAGUAGAAGUAAUAUCGUAUUGCGUGGAAGCGUGAAGUUUACACACUGUGUAUAGUACGAGUCCUGUAUAGCUGACUGUUCUGAAUCUUACUGCUAUAGGGAACAUUUAUUUCUGUUUAUCCAAUAGUUACGUCCAGUCCAAUAAUCUGAUUGGUCGAGUUACAUGCUUAUAUUUAGUAUAACUGUACUGUGACGUUUCAGUGCGUUCGCCACGUACAAUUCCACGUCUACUAAUCCCUAGUAAACGAUUACUACAGUAGUGAUAGUGACAUCAUCAGUAUACAUGGUGAAAUGCAUUCUAUCUUUAUUUCUUUUAUUCUUUCUUUCUCCAUCUUUGUGAUUCUUUCUUUCUUUCUCUGUCUUUCUUUCUUUCCUUUCUUUCUCCACUUUUGUCUUUCUUUAUCCAUUUUUGUCUUUCUUUCUUUCUCCAUUUCUUUCGUUUUUUUCUCCAUUUUUGUCUUUUUCGUGCAGUAUGUACAUUAACACGCCGCCUCUGUCUCCCCCUACCGGUGGCGUGUAAUAAUAGCACCUACACGUGACCACGCGUGCACCUACACGACGGGAGUCAUGUGACUACACCACACCCGGAAGUAAAUCUCCUCUCAGUUCACUAGCAGAGCCACGGAGCACAAUUGCGUUUGUUUACGCAUUAAAUUAAUUACGUUUUUAAAAUAAUAUAUAUAUAUAUAUUUAUUCUGCAAGGCGAAGAUGCAAAGCUACGACAAGGCGUCUCUCAGCUCGGGGUCCGGACCCGUGACAGACAACAGAGGGAGCGAUGGAUCGUUAGUAGCCGUACUGAAGACGUUGCUGUUUUUCACCAUCCUGAUGAUCACUCUCCCCAUCGGACUCUACUUCGCCUCCAAAAAGUAUUUGUUCGAAGAAUCUCUGGGUUACUCCAGCAACGACAGCUACUUCUACGCCGCCAUCUUGGCCGUUGUGGCCGUGCACGUGGUCCUGGCGCUCUUCGUUUACGUGGCCUGGAAUGAAGGACCGCGGCAGUCGAGGGAAGGAAAGCAGGACUGAGAGAUUGGAAAGAAGGGAAAAAAGAGGAUUAGGAGAGGUAGAGAGAGAGAAUGAGAGAGAAACUAGAUUUUUGAUUCUGUUAGAAAAAAUGAGAAAGAGAGGAGUGAAACACGCAGGAGACUUCUGAUGCCGCGAAAACACAUGUAUACAUGCACGUGUACCUACGAGAUCAGAGGUCGGAGGUCACUAUGAAGCCUGAGGAGUGUGUGUGUGUAGUGUGUUGUGGAAAAUGUAGGAGGUUUAACAGGUUCCUCUGGGGAAAGCUUUGAUGUUCUGUGUAAAACUGUACAACACGGUGUUUCCUCCUCACGAAGGAGGCGGAGAACCCGUAAUUAUCACGUGAACCCUUAAAGAAUCAUCAGACAUUCUUGGUUCUUUGGAUAAUUACGAGCUCCAAUAAGAACCCACUCUGUUGAACGCUUUUAACGUUUUUCCCAGAGGAACGACCCAAGAAACUUUUUAAGAGUGUAAGUUCAGGAUCCUCGUGGAACGAGAAAGGAAAAACAAUCCAACGUGACCUGAUUAUUGCUGUCUCAGAACGCACAGCUUCUCGUGUUUAUACACAGGACAUUGUUGUUUAGAGUCGAGACAUCGAUUAAAACUAGACAGGGACGGAUCUCCGCGUAGCAUCACACACACACACACACACACACACACACACACCCCGACUCUGAAACCAGAUGUUCUCACCUGUAAUGCUUUAGAACUAGCGCUUAAAAGCGUCGUCUUCACCGAGCUCAUUAAAUCCCGUUUCACGUGUCGCGUUUCGGCUUUUUCUCCUCCUCCUGUGCAGCGAGUUCGAUUUUUCACGUGUCUUAGACCCGUGCUGAACGCCACGGUUAUAACGUGGUGUACGCUGUUAAAUUAUUCUUCUUCUUAUUGUUAUUAUUAAUUAACUAAUAACUGAUGUUUUAUAUGAUGCUUAUGGAGCUCCAGAAGGGACCUUUUCAAAAUAAAUAAAUAAAUCAAUCAAUUUAAGCCUUGAAAUGGAAAUUCGCACGUGGUCAUUUUUCUUUUAAGGAAACGAGAAAGCAACACAACGAGUAAGUAAUGCGCACACGAUAACGAUACGUCACACGUGAUGUAUACACCGCGUGAAAACGGAAAAUUCUCUCCUGCGCACACAAACUAACCCUAACCCGCCUAUUUAUUUAUUUAUUUAUUUAUGUAUUUUUGCGAACGUCCCUUCAGGACCUCUGUAGAUUAAACGUCCGUCCUCAAGGAAAUCAACUCGCCAGUUUAAAUAAAUAAAUGUAUUUAAUCUAAACAUUUUUCGUUUAAAGGGAAAAAAAAUCUACAUGCAGCUGUAAUAAAAACCGUUUCGAGA